ACGAAGGAACAAAAAGGAGAGCUCUUCAGCUGAAGCAAGCCUAAUCUCUGUGCCUCCCUUUGAAUUUUCCUCUUUGUAAAUUUUUUCCAUGGAGAAAUCCGAUCAGGAUUUGGGUUCUAACGGGAACCUUUUGCCGCGUCAAUUGGAUUUCUCCGUCCCGGCGGCGGCUGUGGUGGAGACGAAGAUUGAUUCUUCUUCUCAUGAAAGCGAGAAGAAUCAGUCGCAUUCUCUUCUCGAUUUACAGUCUUCACGGGAAGAUCAGAGAGAAGAAGACUUGCCUUCGCAGCCUCAGCCUCCGCCGUAUGGUGCCGAGGAGCAGCAGCAGCGAUUUGGGGUAAAGCCACUGAACCCGCCGCCGUCGUUUCCGGUUAAAUCUUCGACGGAAGUCGGUACGCAUGAUGUCACGCCGCCACAGAAACCGCCGCUUCAUCGGUUUGGUCAUCAGUUGCAGAAGAAUUCAUUGGGGAAGUGUCGAGUGAGCAAGCAAGAACCUUUGACCCCACGAGGGCAUCCGGAAGUUGAGUCCAAGGAUGCUACUCCAAUUAAACAGAGGCAUUGCAACUGUAAAAACUCAAGAUGCUUGAAGCUAUAUUGUGAAUGCUUUGCGUCGGGAUCUUAUUGCAAUGGUUGCAACUGCUUAAAUUGUCACAACAAUUUGGAGAAGGAGACCUCAAGACAAGAAGCCAUCACGGGUAUCUUAGAGCGGAAUCCGGAUGCGUUCAAGCCCAAGAUCGCUGGUAGUCCUCAUGGAAUGGGAGAUUUGCAGGAGGAUGUGCGCCAAAUCCUGAUUCUGGGAAAGCACAGCAAAGGAUGCCACUGCAAGAAAUCAGGAUGCCUCAAGAAGUACUGCGAGUGUUUCCAGGCGAAUGUGCUAUGUUCCGAAAAUUGUAGAUGUCAAGAUUGCAAGAACUUCGAUGGAAGCGAGGAAAGGAAUGCCCUUCUUCAUGGACCUCAGGUCUCAGAAACCUACAUACAACAGACGACCAAUGCGGCUGUGAACCGUGCCAUCGACAUGUCUGGUUAUCUGAACCCUCUUGAAUCAAGAAAGAGAAAGAGCAAGGAGGGUUCGCAUUCUGUAGGAGCUAGAGGUUCAUCUGCCUUUCCACACGUUGUUCAAAACCAGGCGGUAAAUCACGUUAUAAGGAAUGGUGACACUUCUCUGUUUUCACUACCUAACAACAAACCGGUUUCCGGAUCUACCACAUGUACUUACAGGUCUUCUCUAGCAAAUACUAUCCAGCCGCAUCAUGUUAAAGAGCUGUGUUCGCUUUUGGUCUCAAAAUCGGUGGACGUAGCAAAUAAAUUGUCAGGCGCCAAAUGUGAAACAAACAAAAGGAAGAAAUACGACACAGACCCUUCACUCGAUCCAGCCCAGAGAGAUGCUAAUGAGAUCAAUGACUCUCCAGAUUCUGUCCUUGAUGCUGGUAGAAUGGAUGAGAAACCUUUAUCUCCAGCGACACGUGCAUUGAUGUGUGAUGAUGAACAUGUGAUCAGUGCAGAGAAAGAAACAUCGGCCCGAGUGAAAACAAGCCAAGAGAAAGAAGACGCAGACACAAGCUCGGAGAUUUACGUAGAACAAGAAAGACAGAUCUUGUCAAGCUUCAGGGACUAUCUCAUUCAGCUCUCGAACCGUGGGAGCAUAAAUGGAACAAAUAUCAAAACCAACAGGAAUCCAAAUAGAAGGAAACCAGAAGAUGAAGAGCUAAGCCAUCGAGACUCAAGUUUGGGGAAGAUGAGAUAGUUUAACUAUUUUUCGCGUUCGUCACUAUAAGUCUUCUUUUAACUGCUACAUUAGUGCUAACUUCCAGCAACUGGAUUGCAUAAAUUGGUGUGAAGAUUUUGAGUAUCUAUGAAUAAAUAUUGUCACCUCAUUUGCAAGUUGCAAGUUCAACCUGUAACGUCAAAAGAACAAACAUAUCCCAACGAGAU